CUGUACAUGCCUUUUCUCAAUACCGAAAUAUAGGUAUGUACUUACCUAAUUACAACGUUAUAAGAUAUUCAAACGGAAACUGAAGUGAGUUUUAUCAAAGAGUGAUAAAAGUUACCGAAAUGUAGAUAGAUGCACUUAAUGUCAACAAUGAACAGUUAUUCGUGCCACACUGUCUCUUCUGUUUUUAUGCGAAAACUUCGGUGGUUAAUAAUUAAAAUCAUGAUUGGCGCAAGUGUUGGAAAAGUAGUGUUUUUCGUAUGGCUGAUCUCUGAAGUAGGUAUCGAGGCAUUUCGAUGCAAAGAUGAGAGGUUACUGAAUGAUUAUUCGUUUUGUAACGGUGCUUAUGAUUGUGAAGAUCGAAGCGAUGAAACCUACGGAUGCGAUCGUGAUUCUUGCGGUGCUGGUAAAUUUCGUUGUAAUGCUUCCACGUGUAUAGAUGUACGCUUUCGUUGUGAUCUGAAAGGCGACUGUAGGGACGGAUCUGAUGAAAUAAACUGUGGUAACUUAACGACUGAAGAUAAUUGUGUAACACGCAAUGGUAAAUACUUGUGUCGAGAUAAAUCGAGAUGCAUCGAAUUCAAAUACGCUUGCGAUGGUACGUGUCAUUGCGAUGAUUGUUCUGAUGAAAAUAAAGACAAUUGUACAAGAUAUGCUAAUAGCGGUUUGUGUUUGUCUUGUAAAGAUUUUUGCUUACCUACUCCUAAUGGACCUGAAUGCACAUGUGAUUCUAUUACUUACGAAUCCAGCCGAUUAUGUAGAGGAUUUUCAGAUUGCACUGGCUUAUCUACGAGUAAUGCUUGCGAUCAAUUUUGUGGGGAAUACCGUUCCAAAGUUGAAUGUUUCUGCAAUAAAAAUUACUUGCUUAGGGAUGAUGGUCAAACAUGUCAAAGCCGUGUUUCCAAUGACAAUAUUUUGGUUUAUUCUACGGCCACUAAAAUAAAAGCUCGGAUCGGUUAUUAUUAUUCUGAGCAAGUUUUAAAAAAUGACGUAAAUUGCACCGCUUUGUCCGCUGCCCAUGAUUUCGUGCUUUUUGCGACUUUCAACAGUAAGAAGGGACAAGGGCGCAUAGUUAAAACAUCAAUUCGUGCAGCAAAACCGGAUGAGAUAAUUAAGUCAGGUUCAUAUGUUACAUCCAUUGCAGUAGAUUGGAUAACCAACAAUACAUAUUUCACGUCGAACGAGUCAUUAUCAGUAUGCGCGAGUAAUGGUCAGAUUUGUGCGCGAAUUGGCAUCUGCAAUGUCGACUACGUUGCAUUAGCGCCGGAGUUUGGAUGGAUGUAUUUCUCUCAACAAGUCGAUCAUAUUGAUGAAAGAUUAAUCAUAAGAUCGAAUAUGGACGGAUCCGACAGAAAUAUUUUAACGGAUGGAAGCUACAAGUUUCCAUUAUCACUAGCGGUUGACGAAAUAGUAGAAAUGGUAUAUUGGUAUGAAACAAAAUCAGAUAUGUUGCAUUCAGUUUCAUUCUUUGGAACCAAAAAAAAAACAUGGCAUCUCUUGGAUUCUCACGAGUACCCGUACUUCACAUUUAAAGCAUUUGAAGGAUACGUAUACUUUACACUAAACCACGACGAUAAAAUUUAUAAAUCAUGGUGGAAGACGGGCAGCAUAUAUCGGAACCAAGCGGAUCAAGUGCACACAGAUGAAAGCACUACAGUAGUGAGACAUAUUUAUCCUUACAAUCCUCUUUUGCAACGUGCUGAAAAAGCAUCGAAUCCUUGUGCGUUGGCAUCGUGCGAUGGGUUAUGUUUAUUGAGCAGAUCUUCAACCACCCUCGGAUUAACUCACUCCUGCGUUUGCGAACAUUUUAAAUCGCUGGUGUCACCAUUCAGUGACGUCUGAUUCGGAUUCCGAAUUAAUAUCGAACCAGCAGUGUGAUACCAGAUCUGAGAAAGUUCUUAUAGUCCUACCCCAAGCUGAAUCCCAUUCAACAACACAAUCGUCUCGGAGUUUUGCAACGAAACGAGAUGAAUCACAAAUAUCCGCAGAUAAAUCUUCAAUGCCGACAAUAUUACAGAUGAAUUCUCAUAGCGAAAAUACGUUGAACAUUGUGGCUGUAAUAGAGGGAGCAAUUUGUGUAAUCAUUUUGAGUAUUAUUUUAUUAUAUAUCGUGUAUCGAGAUUUCAUGAAAAAACGUCAUAGAGAAGUAAAUGUUACCGAACUUAUGGAUAUGUAAAAAAAAAAGUGAACUAUAAUAUCGCUAGACUACAUUUGUGUAAUGGUUACAGGUUAAGUCUGAUAAUAAAUUAGGUACUUAACUUAUGCA